UCCCCUCCCCAUGUUUUACUCACACAGCUGAGAGAAAAAGGGAGCCAGUCAGAGAAAGAAACCGCCUCAACCCUAUCCCAGAACAGGCAGCAUCUCUGGCAACCGCUGUUUCUUUGUUCUACACAGGCUUUGACAACACAAACGUGUUAUUUACAUAUUUUUUUCUUCAAUGACUUCGAGAAAUUAUAAAGAGAUUGACUCACAUACGACUGAACAUAUGGAUCAGUGUGGGUCUUGCGUGAAGAGAAGAAGGCAUGACAGCGAGCAGUCUGUCUCUAGUGGGACCAGCAGCUGUUCCUCUGGCCUGGAGUACACUGAUCUGGAGGCAGCUGAAGCUCUGGUGUGUAUGAGCUUUUGGGGCCAGGCAAUCUUUCUCGGCAGCAACAAGACAAAUCCCUGCAAGCCAAGGCCUCUCACGCCAGCUUCAGAUUCCUGUGACUCUCUCCUACCACCGGAGCCUCCAGAACCACCAAGGGACUUUGUGUCCCUCUCUUCUCUGUGUAUGACUCCACCUCACAGCCCCAGUUUUGUUGAGACCCCAUCAAACUCUAUGGUUCAGCCAAGCUCCAGUCCAGCAGUGUCCACACAACGCUGUGGAUCUGGGAUCCAUCAGCCUGUGCUGGCACCAAUUGCUGAGAAGACCACCUCCCUCCCCUCUCCACCACAACCCUGUAGAGCCAUGGUGACCAGCGUCAUCCGCCACACUGCAGACAGAACCUUCUGCCAACAACACAUUCCAGCGGCCCCCAGUCCAGAGAAAACUAUAGACACAGUAACUGAUACAAUGGUCUGCCAGCAGGAGCAGGAAUGCAUUACAAACAUUGAGCAGAUGACUACACUUCCAUCCCCUCCUGUGUUUCUAAUACCCUCAGAGAGAAAACAGCCUAGUAGUCCCUUAAAACUUUGUUUGGACAGUGUCUCCACCCCCACCCUUGUCAACGCUCAACCACAAAUUAGCCCACCCAGUCCCAGUGUUUCCACAACCCUGUCCCCUCCUCCAGUCACCAGCCCUCAAAUCAUUUGCCAGAUGUUCCCCGUCAGCAGCCAAUCAGGUAUAAUCUCAGCCUUCAUCCCCAGUGCGGUUCAGGCCUCCAGUACUGGAAUUCGGACUGCCACCACACCCAUCCUUCCCCAGCCUACCUCAGCUAACACCCCCACUGUUCAGCAGUCCCUUAUUGUGAGCUCAGCAGUGCCCCAGGGAACAGUGAUGCUGGUCCUCCCUCAGUCCACAGUCUCUCAGGCCCCUCAGUGCCCUCAGACUGUAAUGACUCUGGGCAACACCAAGCUGCUACCCCUUGCCCCUGCCCCAGUAUAUGUGCCAGCAGGGCCCACUGGCAGCACAACAGCCACAAAGAUGGACUUUUCCCGCAGGAGAAACUAUGUCUGCAACUUUCCGGGCUGCAGAAAGACUUACUUCAAGAGCUCACACCUCAAGGCUCACCUGCGAACACACACAGGUGAGAAGCCCUUCAGCUGCAGCUGGGAUGGGUGUGAUAAGAGGUUUGCCCGCUCUGACGAACUCUCACGUCACCGGCGCACACACACCGGGGAGAAAAAAUUUGUAUGUCCUGUGUGUGACAGGCGAUUCAUGCGCAGUGAUCAUCUAACCAAACACGCCCGCCGCCACAUGACCACAAAGAAAAUUCCCUCCUGGCAAGCUGAUGUUCGUAGUCUGAGCAAAAUGGCUGCCAGUAAAACUCCUUCUUCUAAACCUGGCAUUGCCACGCUGAGCAUGCUAGUACCUGCUGGCUCAAAUUAGAUAAUGAACAACUGCAAUCUUACCCACUCCCAACAUACCAGAGGGACGAUGGGAGCAGCCAGGCACAUGUGACUGCUCCUCUCUUACUCUUGGGAAAAAAGACUAAACAUGCACUGGACUCUUCCUGCUCUACUGCUCAUUUGUACAUCUAUUUUCUUUAAAAGAUUUUUAGUUUACUUUGAUAUUAUUGAUAACAUGGAUGCACUCUUGCCAAAGCCUUUGUAAAAAGUUCGUCUUAGACAUUUCACUUUGUCCAGCUCUCUUACAGAUGUUUUUCUUUGUGUGAUACUGAUGUCUUUGUGAAUGUAUUGUUUAUUGUAGUGUAAAAUUAUUUCACACCAUAUUUGUGGGGAAAAAAAAUAUACUAUGUAAAUAUGAAUAUUAAUCUUCACUACAAUGAUUAUACCUUGAUUAUAUCUCCCUGUCUAAAUUUUCAUAUUAUUUAAUAUUAUAUUUGUUAUAAAAAAAUGUUUGUACGAGUCUUUCUUUGAGUAUUGUGUAAUAUUUCCAAUAACUAACCUAAAAGUAGUAGGAUCAGGGUACAGUCAGCACUCUUAUGGCAGGGUGAUUCAGUGCGUGGUGUGCGCACCCACCGCAUCCUGUGUGUGUCUCACCCUGACUCCCCCUCUACCACUGCCUUCUUUGGUCAGCUAAAACUUGUUCAUGUUCUUCCAAAUGUGCUUACUAGCUUUUGGGGAGCUUCCUGCUGUGAAUAUUCUUUUUUUUUUUUCGU